UUUUUUCUGCUGGCAUUGGCACAGGCAAAUGGUUGGGGACUGAGUAUGAAAGGAGAAAGCAAGCAAGCAAGAGAGUUUAAGAGGAAAAAGGGAAAGGAAAAAAAAAGGGGGGAAACAACAACAACCAAAUCCCCCAUACCCCAGCAGUUGGGUUUUGCCAGCAGCCGAUCACAGCUGAUUCCAGAGCGGAGUCUGUCCCUUUUCCCUAGACCUGCGAUCACCCCUGUUCUCAGGCGGAGGGAACCACAUCUAAGUUGCAUCUUUGCAUCUUUGCCAACGCUGAACGAGCUUCUUUUCCCUCCUCUCAGCUCCCCCUCCUGAUCAGUUGCUGUUCCCUCCCUGCCUUUUAUUCCCCCCUCAUUCUUCCAUAUUAUUAUUAUUAUUAUUAUUAUUAUUAUUAUUAUUAUUACCACCAUCACCACCUUCAGUAUUAUUCUUUUGUUCUUUGGUAUUUUUGAUCCUAUGUUUUCUCUGUGGCACAGACGGGCUGAUGUUGAUUUAUUUCUCUCCUUUGCUGAUCUUUCCAUUCCUAACUCGCUUUCUUGAAAUUUUCGUCUCUUUUUGGCUCUUCUGCUCUUCUUAUUGAAUAAGAGUUGGUUAAGGGUUUGCAGUGACGAAUGCAGCCAACAAUUGCUUUCCACCUAAUUUAGGAAACAUCUUUUCUCUCUUUUGCGCACUGUGCACUUCCUUUUUACAUUUCUUACUUUUCUCGUUGUUCUCCCCUCCUCCCUCUUCCACCCCACGGCCCCAAUAUCCUCCUCCCCACUCCACACUCUGCAAUUCUGAGCCCAGAAUUUCUGAAUCGGGGGCUUAGCUUCGCCGGGAUGAGCCAGAGCAAUGGAUGAAUUCCACCCCUUCAUUGAAGCUCUCCUUCCUCAUGUCCGUGCCUUUUCCUACACAUGGUUCAACCUGCAAGCUCGGAAACGAAAGUACUUUAAGAAGCAUGAGAAGCGGAUGUCAAAGGAUGAGGAACGCGCUGUGAAGGAUGAAUUACUGGGUGAAAAGCCUGAGAUCAAGCAGAAAUGGGCGUCCCGGUUGCUGGCCAAGCUACGCAAGGACAUCCGCCCAGAGUUUCGCGAGGACUUCGUCUUGACCAUCACGGGCAAGAAAGCCCCGUGUUGUGUCCUCUCCAACCCAGAUCAGAAGGGCAAAAUCCGCAGGAUUGACUGCCUGAGGCAAGCUGACAAGGUUUGGAGGCUGGACCUAGUUAUGGUCAUCUUGUUCAAAGGGAUCCCUCUUGAAAGUACUGACGGGGAGCGGCUGUACAAGUCGCCGCAGUGCUCAAACCCAGGCCUUUGUGUCCAGCCACAUCACAUUGGAGUCACAAUUAAAGAACUGGAUCUUUACUUGGCGUAUUUUGUUCACACUCCUGAAUCCGGACAAUCAGACAAUUCAAACCAGCAAGGAGAUGCGGACAUCAAACCACUGCCCAAUGGGCAUUUGACUUUUCAAGACUGUUUUGUGACAUCAGGUGUCUGGAACGUUACAGAGCUGGUGAGAGUAUCACAGACUCCUGUUGCCACAGCGUCUGGUCCAAAUUUCUCUCUGGCCGACCUGGAGAGUCCCAGUUACUACAACAUCAAUCAAGUGACUCUUGGCAGACGGUCAAUAACAUCUCCACCUUCAAGCAGCUCCACCAAGCGGCCCAAGUCGAUAGAUGAUAGUGAGAUGGAAAGCCCUGUAGAUGAUGUGUUCUACCCUGGGACGGGGCGGUCCCCAGCAGCUGGCAGCAGCCAGUCCAGUGGCUGGCCCAAUGAUGUGGAUGCAGGACCGGCUUCUUUAAAGAAGUCAGGGAAGCUGGAUUUCUGCAGUGCCCUGUCCUCCCACACCACCUCCCCGAGAAUGGCUUUCACCCACCACCCGCUGCCUGUCCUAGCAGGAGUCAGACCAGGAAGCCCCCGUGCCACAGCGUCGGCCCUGCACUUCCCGUCAACCUCCAUCAUCCAACAGUCCAGCCCCUACUUCACACACCCGACCAUCCGCUACCACCACCACCACGGCCAGGACUCGCUGAAGGAAUUUGUGCAGUUUGUAUGCUCGGAUGGCUCAGGCCAGGGCUCCGGGCAGCCUAACGGUAGCGGCCAGGGCAAAGUCACGGGGUCAUUUUUGCUGCCGCCGCCACCACCUGUGGCCAGACCAGUGCCCCUUCCAAUGCCUGAUACAAAAUCCACCAGCACUAACCCAGAGGGCGGAGCGCCGACACCAACGUCACCCUCAUUCUCAGCGCCAGGCUCCUCCUCCUCUGCCAACCGGUUUGUCGGCAUCGGACCCCGGGACGGCAACUUUCUAAACAUCCCCCAGCAAUCUCAGUCUUGGUUCCUCUGACGGGAUCUUCAAGCGAAGAAAAAUAAUAAUAAUAAAGAUGGUGGUGAUGGUGAUGAUAAUAAUAAUAAUAAUUUUUCACUCAAGCCCUGCAAAUCAGAAUCUUCAGUCCUUAACCCAUAUCUUCACUGACCUCCUCCUCUUCAAGGAAACGUAAGAGACGUUGGGUAACACUACAGAUGAGAAGCUUAAAAAAUCCACAUUGGACUUCCCCGAUCCAAAGCAGAUUUUACAUUUGCAUAGAAGAGUCUUAUCUUCUGCAAGGAAUCCCAUCAACAUCUACAGAUGUCACAUAACCCUCUGUUAUAAUAGCUCUGGACCAUUCGAGCAAUGGUUUUUAAAACAACAACAACAAAAGGGAUUUCUCGUUUUUCACCAUGGGGAAGGAAAAGUAUUCAUGUCAGCCAGCCUCAACCCCCCAAACUGCACCAGUGUUUGCUAGGGAUUAUGUUUGUUGGGAAUUGGAAAGCAAGACUGUUCUCUAGAAUCUCACCUGUUAAGUAUAAUUCCAAGGAUGUUUCUGAGCAUACAAAGAGUAAAUAGAAGCAUUUGACUAGUUGAGGCUCAAGGACAAUUGUGCUUCUAUCUCACUCAGUUACUUUUUAAAACUGCAAAGUGGGAUGGAGGUUGUAGCAUGCAGAUCAAAUUUUUAUAAAUUCCAUUCACGUGUCCUAAAGGUUUUAGAAAGCCAAUCCAGCAUAUUGCACUGGUUCAGAACUGGAAAUGGUUUUGAUUAGAGCAUUAUGAGAACAAUAACACUUGGUUGGCCUUCAUAGCACAAACUUCUCCCACCAAACAUAAGUUCCCUUGUGCAGUAAAUUCCCUCAUUAACUGGAUUAAUAUUGUGUCCCCAUUAGUUCAAAAAGCAAAAGCAGAAACGUUCCUGACUACCAGAUGCCCAGGCAGAAUUCCAUUCCAAAACAAGGGAUGGGCUCUUCCCAUUGCAUUCUCUCCCAAACUCUCUCCCUCUCUCUUUCCCCACUCUUCAUCCCUUACCCUUUCCUCUGUCUCUCAUCCCUAGAGCUUCCUGGUAUUCCUUGCUCUGGAUGAACUUUUCCCAUAUUUCAGAAACAAAAAGUAUUUGCACAUCAGGAUUAUGUGGAAAUCACUUCCAGUCUUGUUCUCCAAAAACUGGGAUUCUUUCACCCCAUUAAAUAAAAGAGGCAGACACUAGUGAAGUUAAGCUUCACAGGGCUGGAAAGCAUGCUUGAGUAUUUCUCUUAAGAAAGAGAGCUCUUGCCACCAUUUCAAAUGGGCAUAUGUUUUGAAAAUCCAUUGCAGAAUGGUUUAAAAUAUUUAAAAUAAUUUUUAAAAAAGAUGGAUGAAAAUGAGGCCAUGCUGAAGUUGGAAAUGAUACCCCAGACAGACCACUGGGGACAGGGUAGCUGGCAUAGUCAGGCACGUUUCUGCUCCCAACCUGGUCUGGGCAAGGUGGGCUUCAUUCCUUUCCUCUGGGUACCAGCCUUUUCCUUUUUGAGGUUUUGGGUGUCUGUUGUUAUUAUGGUUUGAUGCUCUUCCUGAUCCCUUUUCUCCACUUUGUUCUUUUCCUCCUUUAGUUGUAGCAUUUUCUUUGGCUUCCUCUACAUACAGGUGACGACCGCAAAGAAAUUAAGUACAAGGGUGCUUUAAUGGUUGUUUUUAUUAAAACAAGCAAAAAGCAAAGCUCCCAAAGCUUACUGCACAUGAACACUCUCAACAAACUUCAGCGCAACAAAAUGAAUGGUAUAGAGUUAAAGAUAGUGGAGGCUUCCUGGAAGUGAGGGUUUGACGUUACUGUCUGUACACUGCAUGUAUUCAUGCAUGUGUGCAGACAUGUAUACGCAUGCACCAGAGUCAAUCACACAGCUCCACGCACUUUCCUCUUUUCCCUUUCUCAGACUUGCAACAACAACAAAAGUGAGGAGAACAAAUGUCCUCCUCUAUUUUGAAUCCAUGAUAAGAUCAUCUUUAUUUCUUUUUCCAAAGGUCUGUGAAAGAGACCCCUUUCUUUCUCCUUGCCCCAUAUUGAGCUUUGGGGACAGGAACUUUGCCAAAUUCCUUGGGGAUUCACUUCCCACCCUCCAUCCCAUCUUUCCUGUUAAACGUGUCCACCUUUGCAUGAGGGAGGUCACAGGUUUUUACAGGGCAACUCCACAUCAUAUAUUUAGUAUAGGUGAGGUUCUUUACCAGGAUGGAGGGAGGGCAUUGGGGUCGGGGUUAGGGAUUGUCUGAUUUGGAAUGGGCCAGAUGGAUGCUGCAGGGAAUGGGUUAUCGUGCAAUCUGUCCAGAGCAAUUGCAUUUGGGUUCCUGGCUUGGAAUGCCUGGAAUUGCCUCCCAAAUGGCCAUAUGGGAAAAUCAGUUGAUCUAGAGAACCUCCUGAAAUCCUUCUACUAUCUGUCACAGUGUUCCCCAGGUUACGCUUGAGGCAGCUGCAAGAACCUCUGGAGCAGACAGAGUCCAGAGGUUGCAGGUGAAAACCAGGUAUCUGCACCCCUGUCCAAGUGCAAUGAUUUUCCAGUUCCACGUGGAGAAACAGGGUCAAGGAAGGGAGGUCCAAGGCCUGCAGACCUCCCUCCCUGCUUUGCCUGUUGUAGGCCCCCUCCCCUGCUUGUCUUCCUGCUCCUGCCCUGAAUCACACAUAUGCACACAAAAACCUGUAGCUUAAGAGUGGCUACCCUUACUGAAGGCCUACUCAUGGAGGAGUCACAAAACCUAACCUUGCACAGCUGCAGGACAGCUGUUGCAUGAAGGAAAGGGUCCUCCUGGGAGAUAGGGUCAGGGGGUGAGGAGUCUACAGAAAAUAACUGUGUGGAUGUUUUGUUUGAUUGGCUUAAUUGGCUGUUGCAAAGAGGAGCCACCUGCCUGGUGCUUCCAUAGUUGUCAUGUGCCAGCUAUGUUGCCCAUUAAGAGUGGAGACCUGGAUUUCAUAGUUUCUGGUGCUCUGCUGCUUCCAUCCCACUACAGGCCCUAAUCCAGUAUCUCAGCAACCCAAAAGCAUAAUACAACCUGCCAGAGACAAAGCAGUUCAGGCAGUAGAAAGGCAGUACUUUUUAAAGACGGUGAUUUCAGUCAUUUCACUUCCUGUGGUGUACACAUACUUUUCAUGUCACCUUGGAUUGGCCAGAUUUCUUUAGGAGUUUUAAAAAACAAACAAAGAAACUCAGAAAUCUGUUUACCAGAAUCAAAAGUGAAAUUGGUGUACACUCCAUGAUGACUGAUCCUUCUUUCAGCUCUGUGAGAAAUACUGCUGCCUUGUUUAUAGAAAUGUAUUCCCGAUGACUGAGGAUCAGGUUCAGAUUUGAGAUAUAAACAGAAAUUAGAAGCAGCACCUGGGAUUAGAUGGCCACCCCUUUCCAUAUUGUGAACAGUUGGAAGGUGUCCUCUUUUAUACCCAAGAUAAGCAUCUGUUUCUUCAAGAGUACCAAGCUAUGGAGAACUUAUGUUUGGGAAUGCAAACUAUUCCUACCCUGGUGGUCUUAAGAAAAUAGUCAUCUCUCAUCCUCCUGUUCAGCUUGUUCCUUGCCUCCCCCUUUCUGCAAAGUGGCAAAUGCCUUAGAUUUGCUAGGUUGAAUGAGGCAGGGGGUCUAAUGUGAUUUAAAUCUUGAGGUGUGCUCAAAGUGAACAUCAUUCCAGGACCACCCUGAGCAAGAAGGCACAUGCAGCAGCAUUUAUGUGAAAUGCUGCAUGAUUUUCAUUUUACCUUAUUUCUUCAUAAAAGUAUUUAGAGUAUUCCCAAAUUGAGAAAAACCAUCUCCACACACUCCCCCUUACAACCAACUUCCCCUAUUCUUUGUAAAAAUGCAUUCAGGUUUCUGUUACGGUCAGGAGUAAACCAUUUCUGAGUGCAAAGUAAUGUGUAAAAAUGAGCAAUAGUCCUAAUAAGGGGGAAAGUCACUGUAUUUAACACUGUUGACGCAUCUGUUGUGUUAUUAAAUUUAUUCAGUUAUUACAUUAUUUUAAAAGGAAAUAAUUCAGUCCAGUUGUCCAGCCUAAUUGCUUAAACCUUUCUCUUAAAAUGCCCAACUUUACACAUAAUGACUUCCCUGCUUGAGAAACAGGUCUCUCUGUGUAUGUAUGUGUGUAUGUCUGUGUGAGAGAGGGGGGAGGUCUAAAAAGGUUAUGGGCCCAGGCAUUUUCAGGACUACAGAUGCAGGGGACAACAAACAGGCAGCACUUAAAAAUUGCCGGGGGUAGGUGAAGGGGUAGAGGUUUACUCUUACUUAAUUCUGAAAAAUCCUAACAGUGCCUAAGUACACAUUUAACUCUUGGCAUCUGCUAAAAGUGUGACAGUUGGGUGGCAGCAGCAUGUGGGUGAAUGGCAUUUCAGUGCCAUCCAUCUCCAUGGUACCUGGUUUGGAUCCUAGAGAAGGUGAACCUGGAAAGGGGCGACAUAUGGAGGACUUUAAAUUUGGGUGGCUGGAAGGUAUGGGCAGCAGAAAGGAAGAUACACAGAAAUGUGUGUUUAAAAGGGGGAGGGGAUUUUUAAAAAACAAAAUAUAUAUUAGGGGGUUUAAAAGAACCAAUUUUGUUUGCAUUGAGCCAAGUGCAAUGGAGUGCAUAGUUUUAAUAUCUUUGUAUGUUAAAGAUUGUUAAGAAGAAGAGAAAAAAUCUAUUUUUGUUGCAAAGUCCUCUGUUCCCAGGGACUCUAAAAAAGUAGGGACAAAAGAAAAACCCAACCUUUGUAAGUAUGGGGAAAAACUUUUUUCUGUUUAUUUUUUCAUUCGUUUAUUUUUCUUUUUUCUCGUUUGUUUUUUAAAUCCUUUUUUUAAAAAAGAUUGCUAAUGAUUGGGGUUUGGUUUUGUUUUUUCGUUCUUCCCUUUUCCUCAUUAGUAAUGUCGUUUUAUGGGAGGGCUGAAGGCAAAAAAGUUUUUCACAUGCAAAAAUAAAAUUGUAAAAAAAAAACCACACUGUAUCAGGUUAAAAAAACAUUGAACAUUAAAAAACCCUGCAACUUUAAAAGUAAAAUAAAGGACAACAAGGAAAAAAAACCCUAAAAAUCAUAAAAGAGAAAAAAAAGUUUAAAAAUACAAAACCUGGUGCUUCUUACAAUAUAAAGUACAUUAAAAUCUCUAUUAUACAUAGUUUAUGAACCAAUUAAUUGUUAUCAUAAAGCACAUUUUAGGAAACACGCAUUAUCCCUUCUUUAUGUUUAGCUGAAAGGGGCAGCGGGCUUUGCAGUCAAACGCACCAGCAGCAUCCGGCAGCUUCCCAUGGAUCUUCCCAGGUUGCCGAGCGAGCGAGAUGGGCAGGCGGUGAGGUUGCCAUAACCCAAGGGGGAAAGUUCCUGGCAGAGCAGAGACCACCCUGAAAGGGUUGUGCUUCUCUGGCUCUUUUCACCCCUUCCUCACCCUCCAUCACUGCCACACCACCCUCCUCUGUUUUGCCUUUCUGCUCUGUCUUUUUCCCAAAGAAAGUUAAGCAAAACAGUUUGGGUUUGGCCUUCAUUUCUUUUCCCCUUUCUUGUACGCCAGACUAAUCCACAGUGCACUCUCUUUCUCUCUCUUUUCCCCUUCCUUCCUUCCUUCCUUCCUUCCUUCCUUCCUUCCUUCUUUCCUUCUCUUUCUCUUUCUCUUUCUCUUUUUCUUUCUCUUUCUCUUUCUCUUUCUCUCUCAAGGACUUCUCUUUGGCAUGAGGAGCCAACUUGUGAUCUCACCAGCAUCCCCUCCAUUGAGUGCCUCCCUUUCCUCCCUCCCAGAGUGGUUUGCAAACCCCUAGUUGUCCCUUUCUCAGAACCUUCCCAGUGUGGUGUAAAAAAAAAUGAGGCCUUCCUCCCGCCUCCCUUUCAUCCUUGUUGGGCUGCCCCAUGGGAGAAGGGGGUACAAAGCAAAAAGUGCGGACCCCCCACCCCACCCCAACCUCACAGAGCAUGGAAGAGGGGACUGGAGAUAUUUCUCACUUCAGGGAAGGACCAAGAUGGAUGAUUUUGCCUUACUCUCACCAUGCUUAACUGGCCAGCUGACAUAGUGCCUUUGUAAACCCAUCUUUCGCUGGAAGAGAUGGAUGAUGUGCUCUGCCAGAGGAGGGGCAGGGGGAGGGUACCAGAAGUCCCAUCCUAUUGCCCCUGCAAUCCAUGUGCUUGAUACAGGGGGAAAGCAAUAAAAAGUCUAGGCUUGACCAGCAAGAGCAGGGGGCGAGGUGGUACUGUGGGUCAAAGCAGUGGUGCCGAGUCCCCUUUGGCCUGGCUUCUUCUGCUCCCCACACAUACACACCCACACAAUAGAGAGGGCUAGCAGCAUAAAGGAGAGGGCAAAGGAAGUAUGCCAUUGCAAUACUGAAGGCUGCAGAAUCUCUCCCCAGCAGACCUUCUGUAUUCAGGCUUCUCCGCCAUCUUGCAUGGCACCCAGAGCCUUUUUUUUUUUUCUUCCUGGCAUGGAGAGCCAGGAACUCCUCAGCUCCUCUCUCUUCCAAGUGAUGCUUAGCUGGAGUUUGAGGGCCUGAACAGACAGGCCAAAAUAAAGCUGCUUCGGGUCACUUCGGAGGUAUGUUGUUUGAAUGAUGGUGGAAGCCGCACCAAAGCCACACUCCACUUCUAAGCACUGGAGCAAAGCUUUGGUGCAGCUUCUGACCUCUUAAGACGAGUGUGUCAUUUAAACAGCAUACCUCCAAAGUGACCCAAAGCAGCUUUUUUUGGCCUGUCUGUUUGUGCCCUCUGAUAUCCAGGCAGGCAAACAGCUGUUGACUCCCUUGGAGAGGAGUGUGUUGGGUUUACCUGAGCUAUGAUUUCAUUUUUGAGGUAGAUUGGCCUCCUGGGAUGUCACCUUAGAAGCAUAUUGAGACCUUUCUUGCCCUCCCUCCAGCUCCAUAUAUGCAGGGAUGGGGAGAGCAUAUCCUUUGGUUUGAGUUUCCACUGUUUGGCCAGUAGCCACCACACGUAGACUGGAAAUGAUCCUCAAGCCCUCCUUCAUAUGGAGCAUUGGGUUGCUCACUCGCUUGUUCCUUCCUUCUCUCCCUUUACAACUGCAGCUGAGCAUCCCUGGCCUUUCUUUACUAGAUCCCUUCAAUGGCCCUCCUCCUUUCCUUUUCUUCCCUCCCUCCCCACCUCUACACACACUCCCCUAUGGACUCCAAACCCACUUCUCUCGCUCGGUAGCAAAAUCCUUGAGAUCCAUGAAACUGCAGCUUCCCUGCCCCUUUGAACAAGUUUCUUCCUUGGUUAAGAAACGCAGUAUAUAUAUGAGUACAGUACAGUAUAUAUAUAUAUAUAUAGUACUAAUGGAAUUUGGUGUGCUUUUUCUCCUCAUCCCCUGUACAAUCCUUGCCUCUCUCUCCGACCCCACUGUUCCCUUUGUGUCUUUGAGUCUGUUCUUCCAGUUUCCCCCAACCGCUUCCUACAACUCCCUUCCCCCCCGCCCCGCACUUGAAAAUAAAGGGUAGUUCUUUGUCUGUUUUUGUUCUUUCUGAGGUUUCUUCCGUGUCUAGCAGAAUGCAGGUAGCCAUAUGUUAUAACUGUCAAUAUUGCUUCACAACGAAAAAAAAAGUUUAAAAAAAAUAGGGGGGAAAAAAGGAAAAAAAAAAGAAAAAUCCAAACUGUUUUAUCAUUUUUGCCUGAACUUUCUUCGGCUUUCUCCAUUGGAAUGGCUUAUUGUGUUAUGUGAAUUUAAAAAUUAAGAAAAAAAGGAAAAAAAGUCUUAAAAAGUUUGAAAAUAACAAAAAAAAAUUACAUAUAUUUCAAAAAAGCAAAAAAAAAAAUUAUCAUUGGCUUCCCUCUUCCCCUGUCCCCACCAAUUCCUUCCUCAGAGCAGAGAUGGGAAGCCCAGUGGAGGGGAGUGCCGAGGGCUCCGAGGUCAUGUAUGUGUGUCUGUGUUGGUGGGUGAACGGGGGGGCUGUGUCCCUUCUUCUCCAUUCCCUUGCUUUCUGGAGGAGCUGCUCAGAAACAUCCGGCACAGACCCAUUCCACCCACACAUCUCACCGUCCCUUUGCUCAAACUGUAAAGUGCCUAAGAGGUAAAAAAUUCAGCAGCAAAGAUGAUACUUGAGUUCCUCUUUCCUGUUAAUUUGGGACUGGCCAUCUGCACACAAUGCUGGCUGGCACAACACCUGCUGAUGUCUCGAGGUCAGCUGGUGAUGGUGGUCCAGAGGCUGGAGCAAGCAUGGCUCUCCUCUCCACAAGCUCUCCUCCCAGCUCCUUUUCUCCUCAUCAACCUCACAUCUGGCUGAGGAUGUCCCUAUGGGGCAAAGCAAGACAAUAGGGCAUGGCGGGCAUUGGGCAGCACUUUUGGACCACCCAACCCCUUUGCUCUCAAACUGAGAAGCCCACCCGUCCUGCUUUUAUAUACAAUGGGGGCAGUUCCCCAAGGAGAAGACGGGACUACCUUUCUUGCAUCUUGAGUCAGAAAAAGCUGAGUGUUCAGUCUUGCCUUUGGAGUCUAGUCUUGAAGCCAUUCGGUUACAGAAGCUGUCUGUUCAAACAUCAUUGGGGGCCCUGUGGGUUUCCAAAGGCAUGUAAGGUUUUUUCUGGCAGCUGUGACUUGGAAAAGAAGAAAGCGUGAAGACACCAUAGCAGUGGCCUAAGGAGCUGACAGCUUGGUUGCUCAUAGACAUUGGAACUUUCAGUGGUCAGCCUAUUUUCACUUUCAUUUGACCAAGAAAGCUCAGGACCUACAUGGUGCCAGAGUGAAUCUGUGUAGGAGACUCCAGAGAGGUGAAAUGCUUCCCCAGAUAUUCCUGACUCCCUGGGAGCCAGAACAAGUGACCAAGAUGACAAAGGAGCCCAACAGGUUUGAACGCCUGCUUGUCUCCCCAAAUCAUCUUAGUGUGUUUUUGGUAAUGUCUUCCAUUACUGUUGCUCAGUGGCUAAUCUUUCCUACCUAUUCCAUUCUAUUGUCUUCAGCUCUGAUCCUGGAAAGUCUUUUUAUGGGAAGUAUGCCAGCAACGUCUUCCCUGGGUCACUCUGAAUGUUCUCAAGAAGGACUCUUUGCCCCUCCACUGAAGUGCCUCAUUUUGGUUGGGCCAUUGUGGAAGUUAGUCAGAGCUUGGAAAGGUUAGUUGUUUGGGAUAUAACCUCCAUAAUCCCUUAGCCAUUAUGACCACUGGUCACUAACUGUGAGAUUCUGGGAGCUGUAAUUUGAACAAGUAAUUUGCCCAGGCUCUGAUGUUGAGUUAGCUCAUUCUAGUAAAGGGAGAGAGACUUCUUUUUUUUUAAUGCCAACAGUGAGGUUUUGACCAUGCCACCUGCAGCCUCAGGCCCAAGCAGGACAUGUCCUUUUCCACCAAUGCCAGCCUGAUGCUCCCAGAGCACCAGUCCCCCAGCAUCUUUUCCCAGCUCUUUCUGUGCCCUUCUGCUCUGUAUGAAGCUGUCCAUUGCUACUGGUUUGGUUUUUGAAAGCAAAAAGAACUCAUAACCCUGCAGCCGAAUUAAGGGAAGUGCCUUAAACUGAUGCCUUUGCUGCCACCAGCAAACAAACUGAGACAGGAAGAGAAAUCACUCAAACUGUAUGCACCCAGCUUCAGAAAUGUGAACAAAAGAUGUUUACAGAGAUUGCAAUCAAACCGCCUCUGGGUCGGGCUUAUGGGAGCCCUGCCCUCCAUUGCUAGCUUUCCCCACCUCUUCUUCCUUCUGCCCCUCUCUCACUGCUGCUUGUAGUUAGUUUCACACACAGUAGGGUAGCUGAUGCCUACAAAAGCAGCUCCCUCUGCAAACCAGCCUUCAUUUCAUGUCGCUUGUCCCUGUCUUUCCUGUUUGCUUACCCCUUUCCCCAAAGAACAGAACCAGCUGCCGUGAUGUGAUGAUGGGCCUGCUCCUCCAAGCCCCUUCCCUUGUCCCAGUCAGCCCUCGGCACUACCCCUCCCUCCCCAAGUGCCACUCUCCGAGCGGGGUGUAAUACGCAUGUGUUAAUUACAAUUUUUUCCAUAAUAAAAGUUUAUAGAUGCAGCACCUUCUUUAA